AUGCAGACAAAUAUUAAGGGUGUUUUAUUACCUAACAAGGAAGAAUUUAUAUAUUGUUUAAAAAUGCUAGAUAAUCUUGGAUUCUAUGAUGAAAUGGUUUCAUCUAUUAAAUCUUCUAAUGUAGAAAAUUAUAAUUUAAACUACAAAGAAUCAUUAUUAAUGGGAUCUUCUUUUAAGAAUGCUUUGAAUGUUAAAAGAAAGGAAAAGACAAUAGUUGAAAAUAUAAUAUCAAAUGAAAAAUCUAGAGAGCAAGAAAAAGCUUGUGCAGAAUUGCUAAAAUCCAAACUAAAUAAAGAUAUGAGAACCAUUGAAAAAACUGCAUACAUUAUCAUUAAAAUAAAAUGUAUCCCCAGAACAACUGAUGAUAAAAUUCUAUUGUUUUACUAUCAUUUAUUGGGAGAUAUUAUGAGAUAUUCUGCAGAUACAUUUCAUAAUAUAGAGAAGAAAAAAUUACAUGAAAAAAGCUUGCAAGCAUAUUCUUUCGCCUUAAGAAUUGCAAACAAAAUAAAGAUACCCCCUUCUAGUCCAACAAUGUUAGAACUUUUAGUUAGUUUAUCAGUUCUUCAUAAAGAUAUGGAUAAAGAUACAAAUUUUGCUAUAGAAAUGGCAGCACAAGCAUUUAGAGAAGCCAUUCAAAAUAUGCAUCUUCUAGAAAAUGACGAUGAAUGCUCCAAAACAAUUGGUAUAUUAGGUCUAUUAAGGGAUAACAUAAAUAAGUGGUGUAAAAUUAGCGGAAGAAAAAAUGUAAAUGCUUUAUUUGAAAUAAAAGGAGAAAAUUUUGAUAAAUAUAAAAAUAUUAUGAACAGCAUUCAUACAUAA